GAAGAGAGGAGGGGACGGAUAGAUCGGCUGAGUAUAAAAGACAAGUGCCAUCUUCACUUGCUACAUUCACAUCCACAAUAUGAUCUCGUUGGUGGUUUUCGCUUGCCUUUGCGGCUUGGCUUUCAGUGCUCCUCAAGUCGGUCCUCAAAGGACUGGUGAACCUGUUGCGAUAGUGUCUCAACACAAUGACUUCAACCCUGAUGGAUCAUACCAAUACAGUUACGAAACCGCCAACGGCCUCAAAGGUGAAGAGACGGGAUCGCUGAAGCCGGCCCAAGACCCCAAGGACGGUAAUGUUGUGGUCGUCAAGGGAUCCUACUCCUACACCGACCCCGACGGACAGCUAGUCCAAGUGACUUACGUCGCUGACGACUUGGGCGGAUUCCAACCUCAAGGAGCCCAUCUUCCCACUCCACCACCGAUCCCCCCAGCAAUCCAGAAGGCUUUGGACUUCCUCGCAUCCCAGCCUCAACAACCCCAGCAACAGAGACUUGGUUGAGUAAUUCAACGGAUUGGAUAUUGACCGAAUCUUUUGAAGAUAUGAAUAUUUUUGUACUGUACUUUUUGUAUAUAAUGAAAUAAAUGGAAGUUACAUCCAAUUUUA